AUGGGACUUAAGUGGGAACAGCUCAAGGAGCGGCUCCAAGUGCCCAAGGACAAGCACUCGUACUACGACAAUACCAGGUGGUGCAACAGGGAUUUAAUCCCCAUGCCCCCGGAGAGGCGGACCUGGGGUAUCUGGGGAUAUUGUGGAUACUGGACUGUCUCUGGAUCCUGUAUUUCAGCAUGGUCGACGGGAAGUACACUGCUCGCCUUUGGGCUCAGCCCACAGCAAGCCAUCGGUGUCGUUAUCUUGGGAGGUGUUCUCACAGGUCUCCUGGCCGUCGCGUGUGGCUGGAUGGGUGAGAACCACCAUAUUGGCUUCACCGUGUCCUCUCGAUUUUCCUGGGGCAUGCAGGGGAGCUACUUUCCCGUCGUGCUUCGCAUCUUCGUGGCUUGCAUGUGGUUCGGGAUGCAAGCGUACUGGGGAGGACAAGCUACGAGGGUUCUAUGGGGUGCUAUAAUCCCAGGCUUUGCGCACAUGAAGAACUAUUUCAGCGAGGGCUCCCACCUUUUGACCAACGACUUCAUCGGGUUGCUGAUUUGGAUGGCCGCUUUCAUCCCGCUCGUCUUGGUGCGUCCCGAGCGCCUACAAAUUCCCUUUGCGAUCUCCUUCGUCCUCUUCGCCGGAUCCUGCUUCGGAUUGCUCAUAUGGUACGUGACAGCGGCUCGAGGAGUUGGCUCAAUGUUUCGUGAGCCCGGAUCAAGCGACAACGUGGGCUGGGCGUUUAUGUUCGGCAUCACGGCGAUUCUCGGCGCCUGGGGCGCUGGAACCUUGGGUCAAUCGGACUGGACGAGGUAUGCCAACCGUAAAUUUGCUCCAACCCUGUCCCAGCUGGUUGCCGCUCCAGUCACCAUCGCCGUCACUGCAACGAUUGGAAUUGUUGUCACUAGCGCCGCGAAGGACAUUCUUGGGGGAGACAUUAUAUGGAAUCCCAUCUAUUUGUUGGCGGAUAUCCAAGAAGAAUACCACUCCAGCCCCAGAGCCAGAGCCGGUGUAUUCUUUGGAAGCCUGGGGCUUGUUAGCUCACAACUUGCCAUCUCUGUUGUCUUGAACUCGGUGUCCACGGGCAUGGACAUGGCUGGUCUGUGUCCCAAGUAUAUCAACAUCAUCCGUGGGAGCUAUAUCAUGGCGGUCAUCGGCAUUGCCACUCAGCCGUGGCAACUUUUGAGCACAGCAGACAAGUUCCUCAAAGUCCUAAGCGGCUUUGGCGUUUUCAUGGCCCCCGCAACCGGAGUCAUGUUGGCCGACUACCACGUCGUGCGUCGCACCAAGCUGAAGCUCAACGACCUGUACACCGGGGAUAGCUCGUCGAUCUAUUGGUUCAACAAAGGCGUCAACUGGCGCGCCAUUGUCGCCUUCUUCUCUGGUGUCUGGCCCUUGUUGCCUGGUCUGGUGGGAACCGUCAACAGCCUCACAGACGCCUCCUUCGUCGGCUGGAUCCGUCUAUACAAUCUGACCUUCAUCGUCGGCCUAGCCAUGAGCUUCUCCGUUUUCUGGGUCCUGAACUUCUUCUUCCCGCCGCCUGGUCUGGGCGAAGAGGCUCCCUUCGUGGAGGACGACGUCCUUUACGGGGUCGACGAGCGCAGUUCGGAAAGCGCAGAUGAGAAGAACGUCGCCAUUGGGACCGGCGGCAACGGCAACGGCGGCGACAAUAAGCAAGGAGCUGUGGCGACCGUCUCCGUGUAG